AAAUAGAAAGUUUGAAGGAGAAAAUCUUAUCUUUUGAAUAUUCAACACAAGACUUGUAAACGGCUUAUACGGUGAUGCUUUUUCAGGUGUUAGCCUUCUGUGGUAAUGAAUCAACAUUUUCUGCCUUUUCUUCUUUGUAAUUUUAAAAAUUGUAUAUUAACAACCUCGGGUGUAAAUAAGCUAUAAAAAAAUUAAACAAAUAUCUCCCAAGUGAGAAUCACACCCACCGCACAAUAAGAAUGUUUUUUUAGAAAGUUAAUUUCGCAAUUUUUUUAUAAAGUAUUAUUUUAAGUAAACUUGGGAACUUGUUAAAGUUUACGCAGUUAAAUGCUACAAUGUCAUCUAACGAUAGAUCAUAAAAGGAGUUUUGAAUUACAGAGAAAAUACUGUGUAAACAGAUGACGUUGUUGAUAGAAUGUGGACGAGUUAAAUAACACGUUCAAAAUAGCAUGCAGAGCUGGAAUACUAAUCGUUCGAUCGAAGGUGGACAUAGUGUUACGACCGUCCCUUGCGUUAGGAUACAUCGUACGAGCAGCUGAAACAUGGGUAGAGAGAUUGAAGUAGAGAAAUGCUACGCUCAGGAAAGCAAUGGUAGCAACGAAGAUGCAAAAAUUGAAAUUGAGGAUGCGAAAAUUACUUCUUAUAUGUCAAGUGCUGAAAUUCAUCAAAAAGUGAAUUGUUGUGAUAAUAAGAUGUUAUUAGUAAAGACUGUUGCAAGUGGUCAGGUACUCUCCCUCAUGUUAUGUAGCACGGGUACCGCGGCGACAGCUCUGAGUACGAUAUACAACAUCCGAACACCGUGUUUCAACGCAUUUUUAAUGUAUGCUCUGUUGGCUUUAACGUUUGGCGUACAUACACUAAGAAGUAAAAAUUUUAUUCCUCUCCUAAAAAAGCAUGGUUGGAAAUAUUUGCUGGUCGCCAUCUUAGAUGUAGAAGGAAAUUACCUGCUUACGAAGGCGUACGCCUAUACCACCCUCACAAGCGUGCAGUUAUGUGAUAGCUUCACUAUUCCAACAGUGAUGAUCAUAUCUUUCAUAUUUUUACGUGUACGAUACAAAAUUAUCCAUUAUGUUGGAGUGGUACUUUGUAUAUCCGGCGCCGUAUGUUUAAUGCUUACAGAUGGCGGUGGCGAAAAAGCGAAUGCACCGAACGAGAUAGUUGGUGAUGUGAUCGCCUUGAGCGCUGCAGUGUUUUAUGGUAUUUCUCAAGUUGGCCAAGAAUACUUAGUAAAGAAAUAUUCCUGGACGGAAUAUCUCGGUAUGAUUGGUCUAUUUGGUGUAUGUAUCUCGGGAAUGCAAGUACUCAUUAUUGAAAGAAACCUUGUGGGUAGUAUUUCUUGGACAUGGCAAAUAGGUUUGAUUUUCGCCGCAUUUGGGUUGUGUCAAUACUUUUACUACACCAUAAUGCCGUUCGUCAUGAGAUUAAGUAGUGCAACAGUCGUCAAUCUGUCGUUGCUGACGUCGGAUUUAUAUACCUUAAUUGUUGGUUUAUUUUUGUUUGGUUAUAAGUUUUCUUACAUCUAUUUUGUCGCAUUUGCUGGAAUAUUUAUUGGCCUCAUAACAUACAACAUCAAACCAACGCCCACAGCUCCGCCAAGAAAAAAGCAAAGAAGCAAAAUAGAUUUGAACUACAACAAAGAUGAUUACAAUGAGAUAGCAACUAUAUCAAAAUUUGAAAAACUAAAAUGGUACCAUGCUUUAUUCAAACCGCAUAACAGCAAAAUAAAAUUUGAAAAUAUGGACCAUGACAAAACACCGUUAUCAAACAGAAACAACGGCUUUACAUAUACGCGAUUAUAAAAAAAAACUUAAACAUGUGCAUACUUCCCCACCCCAAAUGUUUUUCUUGUAUUAAAAAGAAAGAUAUGCCUUAUUGGCCUAAAUAUUGUUAGUCCUAAAUGACGACGUGUUGAGGAUGCGAAAUAAGGGGUACAGAAAAAUUCAGGCGGACAUGUUUAUACUACCUUCGUCCCUAGAGUUUUUUGACUUUUUGAUAUGAAAGAUCUCAUAUCAAAAGACAAAAAACCCUGUGGACGAGGCUGAUGUUUAUAUAUCUAAAAUUUAUAGUAGAAAUUUUGAAGUGACGAAAUGCAACAUGUAGGGUUACGAAAUUUAAAUCGAUGAGGUAUAUUUCUUUGAUAUUUUUAUAGAUUUUAAUAAUUGUAAAGUAGUAUCCUGUCUCACUAAAAUCAACCAUAAAGUAUUUAUCCACGAAAAUAUAAGUAGUACGUUUUAAUCGUGGGAACUACUUUUUAAUAACGUCGUUUAGACACACCUGUUUAAUUGAAGUUUUUUAAUUUUAAUUUUUUUAUUGAAGUCCUUUUAAUUAAAGAGCCUCGUUUCUGGUUGAUUAUGUGACGAAUUUAUUUAACUUUCGUUCUGCAUAAUUAGUCAAACAAAUGAUUUCUUCGCCAGAUCGAGUAGCAAGCGAUUGCCGCGUCUUAGGGUUUUAUAACUUGUUUAUUAGUAUUUACUUUUAGAAUUUGUAAAUACUACAUGCCCAAUAAGAAGAAGACCUUCGAA